AUGGCCUUUUUCGACUCUUUCGAGCUCGGUAACAGUGCCUUAAUAAAAUUGGAAAGUCAAGAAAAGCAUGCUUUAGAGGACAAAUUUUCAGAAGCAUUGGAUGUAAUUUCAGAAUCUCCUACGGACGCAGGCAAGACAACAUAUCGAAAUUCAUCUUCCAUUCUUAGUAGAAGUCGACUUAAUGGAAAAACACAAACGUUAACCAACAAAUCCUUUGAAAGUCGAAAAUUUCGGCGCAGCAAAUCGGAUUCUACUCUACCAAAAACAAGCAGAGCUGAGAAUGGUUCACAUUUGGAUAACCUAUCAGAUGUUUUUCUUAACGACUUUACAUUUUCAAAAGCCAUUACACCAAUUACACUGGACAACAAUGCUGAAAAGGAAAGAUCUGGUAUAAGAGUCUCUCAAAUUGAAGCUAUAUUUCACAACAAUACAGAAUGGGAAAAGGAAGAAUUGGAGAAUUCCUUAGAGAAGCCUAUAUUUUCGGAAGAUCUUCAUGAUUUAGUCAAGGUUGAGGGAAAUGAUAGCGCCUGGCAAGAAUUUACGUUUCAAUCCGAAACAAAAGAAUCGAAAGAUAUCUGCCAUGAUGUUAGCAGCUUUAUUUGCCUUCCGGCGAAUGACGAUGCAUUACGAGAAGAACAUCUGGAAAAUGAAUUAAAAGAAAGUCAAAAAUUUCUUAAGGAGGAAGACAUAAGCUUGACUUCAAUGUCGCCAGGACAAUUGAAAUUCACUCCAACAUUAUCUCAAAGUCCUCUACGAAAACCAAUUUUCGCAAAUUUCGAUGUAAAUCUCCCAAGCAAAUCAGAGCUUGAAAACAAUGAGCCUAAACCGCUUGAACGUAAUUUGGCAGAGCUGAAGAGCAUUAAUGCUUGGAAUUUACCUUUGAAUGUUUUGAAAGAAUAUGACCGUAAAGGCGUUAGAAACAUGUUUGAUUGGCAAGUCGAAUGUUUAAGUAAUCCAAAGGUACUCUUCGAAUAUUGUAAUUUAGUUUAUUCGGCGCCAACUUCGGCUGGCAAAACAUUAAUCAGUGAAAUUUUAUUAUUAAAAACUGUCUUGGAGCGCAAUAGAAAAGUGAUUAUGAUUUUGCCUUUUAUUUCGGUAGUUAGGGAGAAGACAUUUUACUUGCAAGAUCUGCUUACCGGUGCCGGUUAUCGCGUGGAGGGAUUCUUUGGCGGCUACAUACCUCCAGGAGGAUUUGAAAGUAUCCACGUAGCUAUUUGUACUAUAGAAAAGGCCAAUGCCAUUGUUAAUCGAUUAAUGGAGCAAGGAAAGCUUAAUGAAAUCGGAACAAUAAUAGUAGAUGAAAUACAUUUAAUAUCAGACCCAGGGCGUGGCUAUAUACUGGAAUUAUUAUUAGCUAAAAUAUUAUACAUGUCCCGAAAAUACGGUUUACAAAUUCAAAUUAUAACGAUGUCAGCUACUUUAUCCAAUAUAGAGCUAUUAAAAAAGUGGCUUGACGCUGAAUUAUAUAUAACAAAUUUUCGACCGGUAGCCUUAAAGGAGAUGAUAAAAAUCGGAGAUAAAAUCUAUGAUUGUAAUAUGCAAAUAUUACGUACUGUGGCCGAGACAACAGUUAAUAUUGCAGAGCCAUUUCCUUGCUUAGAAGGCGAUCCUGAUCAUGUGGCUCAAUUGUGUAUAGAAACCUUAUUGGAAACAUGUUCGGUUAUCGUAUUUUGUCCAUCGAAAGAUUGGUGUGAAAGUUUAGCGCUCAAGUUAGCCGCUGCCAUACAUUCAUUAUGUAAAUUGAAUAAUGAAUGGGGCGAACGUUUGAAUUCUCAAUUAAAACGUGAAAGUAUUGAUGAAAUGAAGCAACAAUUACAUGAUAUACCAACAGGAUUGGAUAGUGUUCUGGAGAAGACCGUCACGUACGGAUGUGCUUUCCAUCAUGCCGGGCUAACCACCGAAGAAAGAGAUAUUGUGGAAACUAGUUUUAAAGCGGGAACUUUGAAAAUUAUUGUGGCAACCAGUACCUUAAGCUCAGGAGUUAAUUUGCCAGCACGUAGAGUUUUAAUAAGAUCGCCUCUGUUUGGCGGCAAACAAAUGAAUUCUUUGACGUAUCGACAAAUGAUUGGCCGAGCUGGACGUACCGGAAAAGAUACAUUAGGUGAAUCGAUUUUAAUAUGUACCGAAAGCAACGCUCAUAGCGGGAAAGAUUUGAUAAGAGCCGACUUAAAACCUUUAACUUCCUGUUUGGAGCUAGAUAGCAGUACGCACUUAAAAAGAGCUUUACUUGAGGUUAUAUCAUCUGGUGUGGCGACCAGUAAAUCGGAUAUUGAUAAUUUUGUCAAAUGCACUUUAUUGAGUGUCGAAAAGCAUAUGCAUUAUCAGGAAAAGGAAAAUGAUAAUGAUUAUCGUUCAGAUGGAAAGGAAUACAUAAAUGUUGCUUUAAAAUUUCUGGAAGAAUACGAAUUCAUACGUUUGCAAAAGUUGAAAGAAACACAAGAAGAAUUUUAUGUAGCUACCAGAUUGGGAAUGGCUUGCUUGUCUUCAUCGAUGCCACCCACAGAUGGCUUGAUAUUGUUUGCUGAAUUACAAAAGUGUCGUCGUUGCUUUGUUUUGGAAUCUGAACUGCACGCUGUCUACUUGGUAACACCCUAUUCAGUUUGUUAUCAACUUCAAGAUUUGGAUUGGUUAUUUUUUUUGGAUUUAUGGGAAAAUUUGACGCCAGCCAUGAAAAAGGUCGGCGAAUUGGUAGGUGUUAAAGAAUCGUUCCUUGUUCGGGCAAUGCGUGGACAAAGCAAACUGGAUUAUAAACUUACACAAAUACAUAAAAGAUUUUACACCGCAUUAGCUUUGCAGGAAUUAGUCUACGAAACGCCUGUUAAUAAAGUAGCCGCUAAAUACAAAUGCACUCGAGGCAUGUUGCAAGGCCUACAACAAAUGGCUUCAACAUUUGCCGGCAUUGUUACAUCUUUUUGCAACUCUCUGCAAUGGGACACUUUGGCUUCGAUUGUUUCGCAAUUCAAGGAACGCUUAUUUUUCGGUAUACAUCGUGACCUAAUAGAUCUAAUGCGUUUGCCCGAUUUAAAUCAGAAACGUGCUAGAGCCCUCUUUAAAGCUGGAAUAACAAACUUGAUCGAAUUGGCUAACUCGGAGAUAUUCGAAGUGGAAAAAAUAUUAUAUAAUGAAUUGAGUUUCGAUUCGGAGAAACAAUAUGAUAAUGAAAAUGCUUUAGAAGCUGCUCAACGUAAUGAAGCCCGAAAUUUCUAUAUAACGGGUAAAAAAGGUUUUACUAUAGCCGAGGCGGCUGAGUUGUUAAUAAGAGAAGCUCGUCAAUUUUUACAAUAUGAAAUUGGAGUGAAAAAAAUAAGUUGGUCUCAAACCCAAGAGCAGGUGAAUUCAGAAGAAGAAAUUUUGAAAUCAGCAAAUGAUCGGAUAGUUACGAAAUUGGAUAGCGCUAAUAAAGAAAUAAAUAUGUCGGUUGAAGAAAAUGCUUACACAAGGGAACAUUUUCUAAAGCGGGAAGAAAGUAAAAGCUUCGAAACUUUGUCCAGCUUAGCAAGUAAUAAAAAAGAUUGCCAUAAUCAUACGAAUAGAGAGGUAAAAAAGGAAGAUUUGUUUACUCCGAUCACUCCACAGAAAAACCCAAUAAAUGAAAACAAACCUGAAGAAAUAUCGAGGAGUCUUCGAGCAAGUCUUCCAAAAACGCAGCCUAACGAAGAAUUAAAACGUACAUCCGUUCAAUCUCAGCUUGAGGAGCAUAGAGAAGUAACGCCUCCUAAGCAAGCUAAGAAAGGUAAUCAAAUGAAUGGAAAUGUUGUUCGGAAUUCCGAUGAACAGCCAAGCACAAGUAAGAAAGCGCAAAGACUUCUAAAAGCAAGACAAUUAUCUAAAAUGAAAAAACUUGAAUGGGAACAAAAACAGCAGCAGUUGCAACAAACAGAGAAAGCAAAGAACUGGGAAGAUGAAAAUGUGAAAACUGUGAUAAAUGAGAAAACGAAUAUGCCGCGAAGAAGUCCACGUAAUCGAAAGACUGAUAUUGCAAGUGCCAGCGAAAAACCGAACUCUCCUUUAAGGCAAAGAUUAGAAACUUUAGAAAAUGCUGCGACGGGAUUGGAAAAAAUUAAGAAACGAAUCUCUAGACCUGGAACACCUUCGAAUUCAAAUGAAUCGACCGAUGAUAAUAAAGAUGAGAUCCCCAAUUCUCAGCAAAAAAUUAAAGAUGAUUCGAGUAGUAAAACAAAUCGUUCGGCACAUGCUUCCAAAUUUCUGCGAUCAUAUCGCCAAAGUCAACGUACGCAGAGUCCAAAAUUAAUUAAUAAAAAUAUCUCUAAAUUACCCAGUGAUAAUAAAGAGUUGUACUGCCUGGCAAGCAGUUUCGAGUAUUCAGAUAUGUCGAUGGAAAAUUCACUUUUAAAAAAUCCAAUACAAUUAAACGCGUCCCACAUUCUAAGUUGUUCGGAAUAUGAGAACGAAGCGUCAUCAUUCCAAUCCAUGGAAAUCGUAGAUAUUUGCAAUGAUCAGCAACUUUUUAAAAUGGUUUUUAAAGAACUAAUGGCAUCGAAACGCUUGGCUAUGUGCUUAGGAGUACAACAACGUUCUGGCCAACGCAAGCCAUUAAUCGGCGGUAAUUUACUUCUUAAUCAAGUAGGAGCGGCUGAGCAACAACAAGAAACAGAAAAAAAUUGCUCAACGUAUGAAUUUGAAAUUGAUGACACGAAUUACUUGGAUGGUAUAGCAUUUUGUUUAUCCCAGAAUAAUGUUUUCUAUAUGAAUAUGCAAGCGGAAAACACAUGCAAAGGUCUGACUGCAGAAAUGAAAUCCAAAUAUUUAAGAAUUUUGUUUAAAUCAAAUGAACGUACCUUCCUUGCCUUAGAGGCCAAAGAACAGUUGAAGAUUUUGAAAAAUCUUCUUCAAUCGGAAAUAUUGGUUAACUUGGAAGAUCCAAAAGUAGGGAAUUGGUUGUUGCAGCCGGACAAAGUAUACAAUCUAAAUCAGUUGGUCCAGCAGUUUGCUCCCGAAUGCAGUGGAUUAAUAAAUCUAUGCGGCUCUGCUCGUGGCUACAAUAGUUACGGAUUGGAUUCUUCUAGCGCUAUAUUGCCAAAAAUUAGAUCCUCUGUAGAAGCAUGCGUCACACUGCAUGUACUUAAAGGUCAAAUCGAAAAUAUGGAAAGAAUUGGUAAAGGGGAACUAUAUAAAUUUUUCAAGGAACUGGAAAUGCCUUUACAAAUGUCUUUAGUUAAUAUGGAAUUAGAAGGUUUUCCAACCAAUUUCGAGGCUUUACAAAAAUUAUAUCAACAUUUAGUCGAAACUAUGAAAGGACUUGAAAUGAGAAUUUAUGAAUUGCAUGGAAGUCGAUUUAAUUUAGGAUCAACUGCAGCAGUAGCAAGGAUUGUAGGAUUGCAUCGUAAAUCUAAUGGUCGCAUAAGUACUUCGAAACAGAUAUUGGAGAAAAUUGAUUCUCCUAUAUCGCAAAUGAUAUUAAAUUAUCGCAAAAUAAAUGCAGUCUUGACAAAGACUAUACAACCAUUGAUGAAAUGCGUAAAAGAUGGCAGAAUACGAGGUCAAAGCAUAACAUUUACUUCAACGGGUCGCAUAUCGAUGGUUGAACCGAAUUUACAAAACGUAGCCAAAGAUUUUGAAUUGGAUUUAUCAAACGAAAAAAUCUUAAUAUCUUGCCGUAAAGUUUUCUAUCCUAGUGAUAGUCAACGUUGCUUAUUAUCAUCAGACUUUUGUCAAUUGGAAAUGCGUAUAUUGGCCCAUUUAUCGCAAGAUCCAGCUUUGCUGCAAGUCAUUAAAAGCGAUAAAGAUAUUUUCACUUCGAUUGCGGCACGUUGGAACAAAAUCUCGGAAGUCGAUGUUGGUGAGCAAUUAAGAAAUGCCACUAAACAAAUAUGUUAUGGUAUCGUUUACGGGAUGAGUAUGCGUUCCUUAGCGGAGGCAUUGAAAUGCAAUGAACAAGAGGCAACGUUAGUGUCAGAGCAAUUUCACGCCGCUUAUCCGGGAAUAAGAAUCUAUAUGGAAAAGAUAAUAAAAUUUGCCAGAAAUAAUGGCUAUAUUGAAACCAUUACAGGUAGACGGCGAUAUUUGGAAAACAUCAAUAAUGCCGAAAUUUCAUUAAAAAAUCACGCUGAACGUCAAGCUGUUAACUCUGCAAUCCAGGGUUCAGCUGCUGAUAUAGCUAAGAGUGCAAUAUUGAGAAUGGAAAAGAAUAUGAUUAAGUAUCAAGAAAAGCUUGCGCUUGAUGCUGGCGCAGUGCGUCUAGUGUUGCAUCUUCACGAUGAAUUAAUAUUUGAAAUACCUGAAGAUAAGGUUAAAAAGAUUGCCAAAGUCUUGAGGCUAACAAUGGAAAAUUGCGUUAAACUAAAUGUGCCAUUAAAGGUAAAAUUGAAAGCCGGCAAAAGCUGGGGUCAAUUAAAAGAAAUGACUUAAGAUAAUUAAAUAUUAAUUACGCUCUAAUUGCUUAGUUACUAUUUA